GCGAACAGUCUUGAUGAAGCGAUCGGAAUGAAUAACGAUGUAGCGCAAGGACUGUCAAGCUCGUUGUUUACUCGCGAUAUCAGAAACGUCUUCAAAUGGAUCGGACCGAAAGGAAGUGAUUGUGGUAUCGUCAAUGUGAAUAUCCCAACGUCAGGCGCCGAGAUUGGCGGUGCAUUUGGCGGCGAAAAAGCCACAGGAGGGGGUCGAGAGUCCGGAUCGGACUCAUGGAAACAAUACAUGAGACGCUCAACAUGCACCAUCAACUUCAGUGAUGCUUUACCGCUAUCGCAAGGCAUUAAAUUCGAAUAG